GCACAGUUAAGUGUUGCCGCACUUUGCCCUAGGCUGAUAGGGCUCACUGGCAAGGUACGAAGUGGGCCAUUAGUAGCAAUGCGACAAGUGUGUCUUUUGGUUCAGCGCAGAGAAAUGAUAUUUGUGUGAUGCACUUUUAUGUUACAUUCUCCCGUGCUUUCACUUGCUUCUUGGCCAUGUUGUCGUGGCUUUUUCCCAGGUGAAGCUGUCAUCAGGAAUGUCCCGUCGUGGUGGGGCCCAAGACGUAUAGAUUGGUUGCAAACACUUGAGACCGCAUCCUACGGAUAUCUCACAGGUGGCAACGUGAGGACCGAGCCCCCUCCCACAUCGUCUUUCAAUCCAGCACGGCGCCAUCGCAUACAGUAUGCUCAUCGCGACACAAGCUGGCGUGCGUUUGCGAUGGAGUAAUCGGCAUGAGCUGUAGGUUUUGGACCAUACAUAUAUGAAGGAACGGGCCGUUGGCGCUGACACAAUCGGCCAUGACCCUUUGU